AUGUCUGGACCACCACCUUUGCCACCAAGACCUUUUGAGGUAUGUUUUUUUAAAUAAAUUGUUGAUUAUUUAUCAACUUUCUCAAUCAAUUUGAAUUCAACUGUACGAUUACAACACGUCAGAUUCACCGUUUCAUUGGUGCAUCGACCGGGAAUUCGUUUCCCGGUCGAUGCACCAAUGAAACGGUGAUAGUGGACGUGGAUAAAUACAAUAGUUUAUUUCUACAUAAUACAAUAAAUAAGAAGGAACAAAAUAAUCUAAUAUUGAAGCUCUUUUAUAGCGAGCAUUGUGGGCGUUGUGUCAAUAACAGUUUAUAUUAAAGUGUUAUUGAAUCUGAUGUGUUGUAAUAGUACAGUUGGAUUCAAAUUGAUUGAGAAAGUUGAUAAAUUAUCAACAUAAAUAUAGGCAAAAAAAAUUAUUGAUUUUUCAGGGAACAUCAACUCAAAAUCCUCUGAUGUCAUCUGGCUAUGGAAUGGGCGGUCCAUUUGGCGGAAGUUAUGGAUAUGGGGGAAUGGGUGGCGGCUUAUAUGGCGCUGGAAUGUAUGGUGCGGGAGGUUAUGGGGGAUACGGAGGGGGAUAUGGUGGAUAUGGCGGGAUGCAUUAUGGCGGGCAGAAUGAGAGUAAUUUCGCAAGACUUGCUGAAGGUAAUUUUUGACUUUAAUUUUCUUUAAAUAAAUAGUUUUUUGAUUAUCAGAGCAAUCAAGAGGCGCGUUCCAAUCAAUUGAAUCUGUAGUAAAUGCAGUUUCAUCAGUUGCAAACAUGUUAAAUUCAACACAUAAUGCUGUUUAUAGCUCAUUUCGAGCUGUUAUUGGUGUUGUUGAACAAUUUGGAAGAUUGAAAACACAGGUAUGACGUUCUAUUAUAAAUUUCCUCUUAAAUUAGCAUAUUUUAGCUAUCAUCUGUGGUUAUAUCAUUUGCAUUAUUCCGCUGGAUUUAUAAAUUAUGGAGAUCGAUUCUUGUAUUUCUUCGCCUCAAACCGGCCAAUUAUGCGAGCAGCGCUGAAUUAGCUUGGGGAGAAGCUUCGCAACCUUAUGGUAAUUACUUUUAUUCUAUUAAAAACUUUUACACAUCAUUUUUAGCCACUGAUAUUCUUGGAACUUCCAAAUCCACAACAGUAAACUGGCCUGCUGCUCUAUUUUGGGUUGUUGCAAUCGGUGGACCUUGGCUCAUUUAUAAAUGUGUUGCACAAAUGGUGAACGCGGCGGAAGAAAAGAGGAAAUGGGCGACGGGAACAGCGGCUCAUUAUACUGCUCAAGCCAUGUUUGAUUUCCAAGCGUCCAGUGAGCAGGAAUUGAGUUUUAUGAAUGGUGAAACACUUCGAGUCGCACCGAAAGAAGAACAACCGAGAGUUAGAGGAUGGUUAUUAGCAAGGUAAAUUUGACAGGGGUUGUUAAGUAUCAUGAAAAUUAGUUUCUGAGCUCAUAUUCAAGAAAAUGAGUCCCGAUAAUUUGAUAGGUCUAAAAUGGUCCUAGCUACAAAAAAUUUAAAUACAAAACUCGAACCUGGGCACAGCUUAACAGCCAAUUUUCAAGGCUCAUUUUUCAAAAAUCCAAAUUUCAGUUCAUCGGAUGGAACUAGAAUUGGACUUGUGCCAAUAAACUAUGUUAAAAUAGUUGGAAAACAAUCACAAUCUCCUCCACUUCAGCAAACUGAUAAUCUGGUUGCAUUUCCAGAUAUAAAUGCCAAUAAUCUCAAGUAA